AUGCCUCCCAGUCAGACGGGUCUCCGGGCGCAGGGUGUCCCACAUGUGCCGGGCCAUCUGGCGCGGCUAUGGGCGCGCGGUCGGCCACCGUUUUCCCGGCCGCGCGCCGUUGUUUACCUUCGCCCGGGCCACGGGGCCGCGCCGGCCGGGGCAGCGCGCCGGGUAUCGUCGGGCACCGGCGCCCGGCCAACCACGCUCUUUCUCGGCCAGCCGGCGCACCGGGCGCCGGUGGCCAUGCAGCACGCCCGGCGGCAGGUCGCGCCGGCCUCCAGCCGAGGGCAUGGCCCUCCGCGCCCCGACCCGCCCCGACGCCGCCGGCCCCUCCUCCGCCCCCUGCUGGGGUUGCUGCUGCUGCUGCUUGUGGCCGUCGGCCACAAUGCCGGCGCCCUGGCCGUGCAGGUCGGGGACCUGGUGGCCGGCCCGUUGUACCUGCUCCCGACGCCGGACGUGGUCAACUGCGCGGGGGUCUACAGCCGGGCCACCCCGAGGGAGGAAAUGCAAUGCAUCCACCUGACCAAGACCAGCUGGAAGACCCACAUCCAGAUGGCGGCCCCCCGUGAGGCCGGCUGGGACCCGCGCCUGGGCCAGUACUUCAGCCGGUCCGGCUCGAAGGAGGGCAGCUUCCCCCCAUCGGCCACCGAGCCCACCGGCCCGGUGCACGUCCUGUCCUCCACUCGGGCAUCGCCGCUGUUCAUCUGGCAAAGCACCAACAACCUGCUGAUUGCCUCGGCCGGAAUGGCGCACGCCUACGCCCCUGUCCCCGGGGCCACGCUGGACCUCCUGGCCGCCAGCGCCAGCACCCUCGGCGAUGAGGCCCGGGCCCUGGUCCUGGUCAAGACCACCACCGCGACCGUGGGCCAGGUCAUCCGGUGGAAUGGCACCGGCUGGCUUGCCCUCGGCGGCAGCAUCCCCAAUGUCCGGGCUCCCGGCACCGCCGGGCUCCCGGGCAGCUUCUUCAUGGCCAGCACCAAUGCCGGCUGGGUGUGGAUUCGCCCGGACAAGUCGCCGGAGGCGGUGGCCACCAGCCAGCCGGUGGUCGGCAUGGCGGCCACGCGCUUCCUCUCCUCGGAGAGCCACAAGAUGGACCUCAUCGUCACCACCACCUCGCAGCUGCUGGUGUAUGUGGGCCUCGACGCCACCGCCGGCACCUGGGAGUACCUGCUCGAAUCGCCGGCCCUGCCGCAAGAUCGCCAAAGCCUCCGGACGCACCUCGUUCCCCGGCUGCAGGACACCCCCCGGCCCAGUGGCUUCCUCUAUUUGGUGCACAACAGCCACGCCCUCUGGCGAGUGGGCUACCUGCCGCCGGACCCGAAUGCCGGCCCGACCACCGGGCAGCUGGUCUGGCAGCCUGUUGGCCGCCCCCCCGGGGUGACCUUCCCGCCGGGGACCUCGCACAUGCUGUCCCUGCUGCCGCAGCCGGACCAGCCGGCGCAGUGGGUCAUCGUCCAUGACGGCCAUGCCUACAUGCUGGACCGGGAGUUCCGCUGCGACACCGAUCCCUCCAUCGAGUGCGACCCGGCCGCCGGGUCCUGGCGCUGCGCCCCCAAUCGCCUGGCGACCCUGCACCAGUCGCUGCACGAGCUGUGCGGCAUGUGCUCCGACGGCUUCUUCCCCUCCUACAUCACGCUCAAUCGCUUCGAGUGCCGCCCCUGCCAGGUGGCCGGCUGCCGCACCUGCACCGACGAUGGCUUCCAGUGCGCCGCCUGCCACGCGGGGCUGCUGCUCGUGUGCAUCCCCACAUCCCUGGCCCGGCUGGAUAUCCACGCCAACGGCCUGGCCAAUGGCCAGACCGCCAGCACCCGGGUCCUGUCCACCUGCACCUCGGUCGCCUACCUGAAGAAUGGCCACCUCCACGUGUCCAAUGCCUCGGUCCAGGCCCCGGGGCCGACGUCCAUCCUGGCCGGCCUCGAGGGGGGGACCUAUGGCAUGCUCAAGCUGGACGCCCUGAGCCACGGGUCGGCGCCCGGGCUGUCGGUCACCGCGGUCACCGGCCUGCCGGCCGUCAAUGAGAUCAACCAAAUCGCCGAGGCCGGCCCCCUGAUGCAGGGCAAGACCGUGUACCUGUGCCUGGUGCUGGAGCUCCGGGAGCUGGAAACUCGCAUCGUGGCCCUGAGCUGCACCCUGCCGGGCGACCGGCCCGCCGACGAGUGCCCGCUCCAAGUGGUGGGCUUCUUCAACCCCGGCUGGCUGAGCAAGCCCGUGCGCUUCCUCAAAUUCAACCCGGCAUCCAUCGGCCUGAAUGUCAGCGUCUUCGCCUUCCAGCCGGACAACACCCACCUGUAUGCCAUUUUGCAGCCCUUCCGCGGGGCCCAGACCGUGGUCGUGGCAACCCGCCGGAACCCGGUCACCGGCCACACCCGGGAGUGGCUCUACGGCGAGCGCCACACCCCGGGCAACCCGGCCACCAUGCCGUGGGAUGUGUUCAUCCAGAAUGCCUCCAUCCCCACCCGGUUCCACCCGCCCCUGGGGGCAUCCCUGCAGGCCCUGGCGCCGGGGGCCCCGGGCCAGGUGUCGCUGGCCGGGGCCCCGGACCCGGACGCCUGGCGCGUCCUGUCGCUGCCCCGCCGGCAGGACGGCUCGCGCGUCCUGCAGCACGACAUCCUCCACACGGGCUUCCUGCAAUCCGGGUCCCAGGUCCACUGGGCCCUUGUCCACCACUCGACCGGGCGCGAAAACCCGGACCGGCCCUGGGUCACCCUGGCGGCGGAGCACCUCCUGGCCCCGGUGGCCGGGGUCCUGCCCAGCACCCCGCUCGGGGCGUGGAUCCUGCCGCUGACCGGCCACGGGAGCUACCCCCAUGCGCUGGUGGUGGCCACCAAGUCCCUGGUCGGGGUGGCGCCCUUCCACUGUCCGGCCGGCGGGCUGGGGUCCUGCUUCUUCGGCCCGGCCCAAAUGUCCCCCCUGCCGGGCGGCAUGGCCUUCAGCGAAAAUAACAUCCUCUUCACGGCCCUCGUCGGCGAGUGGACCCUGGCCGAUGGGCGCCCGGCCGCCGGGGCCUUCCUCCUGUCGGGGCACCUGCAGCAAAAGGGCACCUUCAUGCUGGUCCGCGUGGCGCCGGACGGGUGUCCCGAGGGGACCUUCGGCCCGGAGUGCCUGCCCUGCCAUGCGGAAUGCCAAACAUGCGCCGGCCCCGGGGCCCGGGACUGCCUGGUCCCCCGGUGCGCGGCCUUCCUGCCCACCGAUCCCGGCACAUGCCUGGACCGGUGCCCGGCCGGCCUGUACCCGGACCCGACCGGCGCCUGUGCCUGCCACGCCGACUGCGCCGCCUGCCACCUGCCGGCCCACGCGGACCGGUACAUUUGCACCGCCUGCCCGCCGGGCUUCGGGCCCCUCGACCCCCUGCAGCCGGCCGACCACUGCCAGCCCUGCCACUCCUCCUGCGCCGGCUGCCGGCUGGCCGCCAGCCCGGGCCACUGCCUUUCCUGCCCCGGGGCCGGGCUCCUCCAGCCGGAUGGCACCUGCGGCUUGACCUGCCCCAGUGGCACCUGGCCCGAUGGCCUGACCGGGACCUGUGAGCCGUGCCCGGCCAAGUGCACCGAGUGCACCGGGCCGGCGGCCUGCACCGGCUGCCGGUCGCCGGCCCUGUCGCGCCCGGCCUCCGGCUGGUGUGCAUCCUGCACCGGCGGCUGUGGCCAGUGCGCCGGCGGCAUGGACGCCUGCCUCGAGUGCGACGUCGGCUUCCGCUGGAAGGACGGCCUGCCGCCGGCCGGCGACCAGCUCACCGGCCAGUGCGUCGCCUGCCCGGCCAACUGUCUCGACUGCCAGCCCGACGGCCGGUGCACCUCCUGCCGGGGGCAGCUCCUCCUGUCGCCGGAUGCCGGGACCUGCGGCACCGAUUGCCCGGCCGACAUGGCCGUCAAUGACACCCAUCGCGCAUGCGCGCCCUGCCACGACACCUGCGCAUCCUGCCAGACCCCGGGCAAUGCCCACACCUGCCUCGCCUGCCCGCGGGACCGGUUCAUGCACCGGGAGGCGGCCAUCUGCCUGGACGCCUGUCCCGAGGGGCAGUACGGCGAUGUGGCCCUGCAGGGCUGUGCCCUGUGCCAUGAUGCCUGCCGCACGUGCCACGGCCCGGCCAAUGGCCACUGCCUGGCCUGCGCCCCGGGGCUCCACCUGCAGCCGGACUCGGGCGCCUGCCUGGCCACCUGCCCGGAGGGCUUCUUCCCGGACAGCGGCCAGUGCCAGCCGUGCGACCCGCGGUGCAAGGCCUGCACCGGGGUCUCCCAGUGCCAGGUGUGCCACGAUGGCCACUUCGACCCGGGCACCGGCCUCUGCGCCGGCUGCCACGGCACCUGCGCCACCUGUUCCGACGCCGUCAGCUGCCUUGCCUGCCAGCCGGGGCUGGUCUUCCUGUCGGCCGACGCCGGGGUCCCGUCGCUGUGUGGCGCCUCCUGCCCGGCCGGCCAGUAUGUCGGCCAGACGCGCUGCGCCGCCUGCAGCACCGCCUGCGCCCUGUGCCACGGGGCCGCGGACCGGUGCCAGGUGUGUGCCCCGGCGCACCGGUGGCAGGAGGGGCCUCCGGCCGGCGGCCCGGAGGGGACGGCCGGCUGCGUGGCCUGCCCGGCCGGCUGCGCCUCCUGCACGGCGGACCUCUGCCUGACCUGCCUGCCGGGCCGGUAUCUCACCCGGGCCGGGGCCUGUCCGGAGGUGUGCCCGGCCGGGACGUGGCCCGACCCGGGGACCGACUCGUGCCAGCCCUGCGCCGCCAGCUGUGCCAGCUGCACCGGCCCGGCGGAUGACGCCUGCACCGCCUGCCUGCCGGGGCUGGAGCAUGCGCCCCAGUCGCCGGGCACGCCGGCCGCCACCGGGCCCUGCCGGUCCCCCUGCCCGGAUGGGCACUUCCGCCACGCAUCGUCCGGCGCAUGCGUCGCCUGCAACCCGGCAUGCGCCGCGUGCACCGGGCCCACGGACACGGAUUGCUGGCGCUGCGAGGGGACCUUCCUGCAGGAUGGCGCAUGCGUGCUGGAGUGCGCCACCGGCUAUCUGGCCGUCGAGCAGCGCUGCCUGCCCUGUGCCAUCUCCUGCGGCGCGUGCUCCGGGCUCCGGGCCGGCGAUUGCACGGACUUCUGCCGGGCCGGGCUGCUGCCCCUGCCGGCCGAUGUGUCGCCCAUGCGCUGCGUCGCCAGCUGCUCGGCCGGCUUCAACACCUCGCCGGCCGGCUGCACCGCCUGCCCGGCGGGGUGCCUCUCCUGCCCGGACAGCGCGGCCCACUGCACCAAGUGCGCCCGCGGGUACUUCCUCCACGGCCAUGGCUGUGAGGCCUCCUGCCCGGCCGGCAGCUGGGCCGAUGGCGACCGGUGCCAGCCCUGCCACGACUCGUGCGCCGGCUGCCAGGGCCCGGGCCCGGGGCACUGCACCGCCUGCCGGGGCCCGGCCGCGCCCAUCCUCUGGGCCGGGGCCUGCCAUGCCGGCUGCCCGGCCGGCACCUUCCUCGACGACGACGCCCAGGGCACCUGCCUGCCCUGCCAUGUGUCCUGCGCCACAUGCUCCGGCCCGGGGCCCGACCAGUGCACCGCCUGCCCGGCCUCACGGGCCCUGGGCCUGGAGGGGCUCUGCCUGGACGCCUGCCCGCCGGGGACCUUUGCCGAGGCCACGGCCACCGGUGGCCAAGUGUGCCGGCCAUGCGCCGGGCCCUGUGUCCUGUGCGCCGGCCCGGGCGAGUCCCAAUGCACCGCCUGCCCGGAGCCCCUGCUGCUGGAGGCCGGCCGCUGUGUGGACUCCUGCGCCCGGGGCCAUGCCGCCUGCCAGUCGCGGGGCCAGUGCCAGGCCUGCCCGGCCGGCUGCGCAUCGUGCGACAUCGAGCUGGACCAGGUGUCCGGCUGCGCGGUCUACUGCACCGCCUGCCGGGCCGGGCACUUCCUGUCCCCGACCACCGGGCGCUGUGAGGCGCACUGCCCGGCCGGGGAGUUUGUCCGCUCGGCCGACGACCCGGUGUGCCAUGGCUGCGACGCCGGGUGCCUCUCCUGCCACGGCCAGGCCGACUGGUGCACCGGCUGCCCCGAUGGCCAGGCCGCAUGGCUGAGCGUCGACACCGGCACCUGCCUCAGCGCCUGCCCGGCCGAGGCCCAUGCCCAGGUGCCGGCCGAGCGCCUGUGCCUUGCCUGCCCGGCCGGGUGCGAGCGGUGCGCCGCGCCGCCGGCCACGCCGGUGUGCCACCUCGCCGCCGACGGCCGGCUCACCUGUGCCCCGGUGGCCACGUGCGACCGGUGCGCGGCCGGGCUCCUGCGCCUGCUCGGCAGCACCUGCGUCGAGCACUGCCCGGCCGGGUUCUAUGACGAUUGGCCGGCCUCGCCGCCCGCCUGCGCCCCGUGCCACCCAAAGUGCACGGGCGCCUGCUCCGGGCCCGAGCGCUCCGACUGCGAGGCCCCGGCCCGCUCGCCCGCCAAGCGGCGCCUAGCUUUGGGCCUGGGGAUUUCCUUCGGCCUGCUCCUGCUGCUGCUCCUCCUUGCGCUGGCCCUCUUCCUGUUGGUUCGCCUGCGCCGAGCCUCGCCCCAUCCCAAGGACCUGGAUGAGUCGGCCGAAAAUCUCACGGUCUUGAACACGAUGCUCGAGCUCUCGCUGCCGGGCGCCAUCCAUGUGGACAUGGCGGCCGACUUCGCCCCCAUCGAUGGGCCCCUCGGCACCGGCGGCCAGGCGAGCGUCUUCGCGGCGCGCGCCGUCGGCGCCGGGAUCUCCGCGCGCCUCGGCUGCCCCGACACCGUGGCCAUCAAGCAGAUGAAGGCCGACAAGAUGAAGCCCCUGCAGGUGACCCUCUUCCAAAAUGAGAUUGCCCUCAUGCUCCUCCGCGACCAGCCGCACAUCGUGCGCAUCUAUGGCUACAGCGAGCAGCCGCCGGCCAUCAUCAUGGAGUGCUUCCAGGGCGACCUGGCGACGCUGCUGCACUCGGACCUGGCCCUGCCGCUGCACAUGCUCCUGGACAUUGCCCAGCAAUGGGCCGCCGGGCUGGAGGCCAUGCACGCCCAUGGCGUGGCCCACUGCGACCUGAAGCCGGCCAACGUCUUCGUCAGCCAGACGGCCUCCUCCUGGCGGGCGGCCCUCGGGGACUUCGGCACCAGCCGGAGCCUGGCCGCCGACCGGGCCUCGGCCCUGGUCACCAGCGCCCCGGAGCUCAGCGCCCUGACCGCGCGCUAUGCCGCCCCGGAGGUCAUCAGCGCCUUCAAUCGCCGGCGCGCCCUCGGCACCGAGAACCACCUCCCGACCGAUGUCUACUCGGCGGCCAUCAUGCUGUGGGAGUGCAUCACCCGCAACAUCCCCUGGGAGGGCCUGGCCUUCGACCAGGUGACCGAGGGCGUGCUGGCCGGCCAGCGCCCGGAUGUCCAGCUGGCCGUGGCCCCCAUCGCCCGGGCCAGCCAGUCCCUGGGGCAGAACCUGGCCGACCUUCUGCCGCUCCUGUGGGCGGCCGACCCGCAGGCCCGGCCUCCGGCGUCGCGGCUCCGCCAGUCGGUCGCCAUGCUGGCCGUCAUGCUGCCCGGGCCGUGA